AUCUUUCGAGAUCAUCUCCGCCCCCGCUACCGGCGCCCAGUCUGCGGCCGCUGAGCCGGAGCCGGCCCGUCGGCGCCGUCCGCUGCGCUCUGCGUCCCGAGGCCCUCGGUGCUCUGUGGGCAGCCCCCCGCGCGUCCCCCCCGACUCCGGCAGCAGCAGCAGCGGCAGCAGCGGCGGCUCCGGCCUUCCCGGCCCGCACCGCCCGCCCUCCGCGUGCAAAGCCCCGCCGCCGGGGUCGGUGUCCCCGUCUCGCCGGCCGGACCCGGGCUCGAGCCCGAGCUGUAGCCGGCGCCAUGUCGGUGGUGGGCAUAGACCUGGGCUUUCAGAGCUGCUACGUGGCUGUGGCCCGCGCCGGCGGCAUCGAGACCAUCGCUAACGAGUACAGCGACCGCUGCACGCCGGCUUGCAUUUCUUUUGGUCCUAAGAAUCGAUCAAUUGGAGCAGCAGCUAAAAGCCAGGUAAUUUCCAAUGCGAAGAACACAGUCCAAGGAUUUAAAAGAUUCCAUGGCCGAGCAUUCUCGGAUCCGUUCGUGGAGGCAGAAAAAUCUGGUCUUGCAUAUGAUAUUGUCCAAUUGCCCACUGGACUAACUGGUAUAAAGGUGAAGUACAUGGAAGAAGAACGGAAUUUUACCACGGAGCAAGUGACUGCAAUGCUUUUGUCCAAGCUGAAGGAGACCUCAGAAAAUGUUCUUAAAAAGCCUGUCGUGGACUGUGUUGUUUCCGUUCCUUGCUUCUAUACUGAUGCAGAAAGACGGUCAGUGAUGGAUGCAACACAGAUAGCUGGACUUAACUGCCUGAGAUUAAUGAAUGAGACUACUGCAGUUGCUCUGGCAUAUGGAAUCUAUAAGCAAGAUCUUCCUGCCUUAGAAGAGAAACCAAGAAAUGUAGUUUUUGUAGACAUGGGGCAUUCUGCUUAUCAAGUUUCUGUAUGUGCGUUUAAUAGAGGAAAACUUAAAGUUCUGGCCACUGCAUUUGAUACCACGUUGGGAGGCAGAAAAUUUGAUGAAGUGUUAGUAAAUCAUUUCUGUGAAGAAUUUGGGAAGAAGUAUAAACUGGACAUAAAGUCCAAAAUCCGUGCAUUAUUACGACUGUCUCAGGAAUGUGAGAAACUCAAGAAAUUGAUGAGUGCAAAUGCUUCAGACCUCCCUAUGAACAUUGAAUGUUUUAUGAAUGAUGUUGAUGUGUCUGGAACAAUGAAUAGAGGCAAAUUUCUGGAGAUGUGCGAUGAUCUCUUGGCUAGGGUAGAGCCGCCACUCCGAAGUAUUUUGGAACAGUCCAAGCUAAAGAAAGAAGAUAUUUAUGCAGUGGAGAUAGUCGGUGGUGCAACACGAAUUCCUGCAGUUAAAGAGAAGAUCAGCAAAUUUUUUGGUAAAGAACUUAGUACAACACUAAAUGCUGAUGAGGCUGUCACUCGGGGCUGUGCAUUGCAGUGUGCAAUCUUAUCACCUGCUUUCAAAGUCAGAGAAUUUUCUAUCACGGAUGUAGUACCAUACCCAAUAUCUCUGCGAUGGAAUUCUCCAGCUGAAGAAGGGUCAAGUGACUGUGAAGUGUUUCCAAAAAAUCAUCCGACUCCUUUCUCUAAAGUACUUACAUUUUAUAGAAAGGAGCCUUUUACUCUUGAGGCCUAUUAUAGUUCUCCCCAGGAUUUGCCCUAUCCAGAUCCUGCUAUAGCUCAGUUUUCAGUUCAGAAAGUCACUCCUCAAUCUGAUGGCUCCAGUUCAAAAGUGAAAGUCAAGGUUCGGGUGAAUGUCCAUGGUAUUUUCAGCGUGUCCAGCGCAUCUCUAGUGGAAGUGCACAAGUUUGAGGAAAAUGAGGAACCGAUGGAAACAGAUCAGAAUGCAAAGGAGGAAGAGAAGAUGCAAGUGGACCAGGAGGAAUCACAUGUUGAAGAGCAGCAGCAGCAGACACCAGCAGACAGCAAGGCAGAGGCAGAAGAAAUGGAGACUUCUCAAGUUGGAUCAAAAGACAAAAAGAUGGACCAACCUCCUCAAGCCAAGAAGGCGAAAGUGAAGACCAGUACUGUGGACCUACCAAUUGAGAAUCAGCUCUUAUGGCAAAUAGAUCGAGAAAUGCUAAACUUAUACAUUGAAAAUGAGGGUAAGAUGAUCAUGCAGGAUAAACUGGAGAAGGAGAGAAAUGAUGCUAAGAAUGCAGUAGAAGAAUAUGUCUAUGAAAUGAGAGACAAGCUUAGUGGUGAAUAUGAGAAGUUUGUGAAUGAAGAUGAUCGUAACAGUUUCACCUUGAAACUGGAGGACACUGAGAAUUGGUUGUAUGAGGAUGGAGAAGACCAACCGAAGCAGGUUUAUGUUGAUAAAUUGGCUGAAUUAAAGAAUCUAGGGCAACCAAUUAAGAUCCGAUUCCAGGAGGCUGAAGAAAGACCAAAAUUAUUUGAAGAACUAGGGAAACAAAUUCAGCAGUAUAUGAAAAUAAUCAGCUCUUUCAAAAGCAAGGAGGACCAGUAUGAGCAUUUGGAUGCCGCUGACAUGGUGAAGGUUGAGAAAAGCACAAACGAAGCCAUGGAGUGGAUGAAUAACAAGCUGAACCUGCAGAACAAGCAGAGUCUGACCAUGGAUCCAGUUGUCAGGGCAAAAGAUAUUGAAGCCAAAAUUAAGGAGCUGACGAGUUUCUGUGGCCCCAUAAUUUCAAAGCCUAAGCCCAAAGUGGAACCUCCAAAAGAGGAGCAAAAAAAUGCAGAGCAGAAUGGACCAGUGGACGGACAAGGGGACAACCCAGGCACCAAAGCCGCGGAGCAGGGCGCAGACACUGCUGUGCCUUCGGAGUCAGAGAAGAAGCUUCCCGAGAUGGACAUUGAUUGAUUUCAACAAUUGUUUAUAUUAAAACAGACUAUUAUAAAGCUUUAAGUUGUCAACUUUGUUCUAAAUAUCAACUAGAGCAAUCAAAAUACUGGAGAUUUCUUAGUCAGUUUUUAGGGGACUUUCGGGGAGGGGGAUAUAGGUAAUGUAUGGAGCAUUUGACUUCUAAAUAGUUAGAUACAGAAAUUUAAGUGCAUUGUAUCUUUUUCAUAAUGGUACUAUUUAGAAGCUCAGUUAGUCUUACUGAACUUAUGCUUCACUCCUUUUAUGUUUAAUCAUGCUUCUACAAAGAUAAGUUUGUUCUGGAAAGUUGGGCUGUAGCAACAGUUAAAACUAGCUCUCACACAGGCUUUUCAUUCUGAUACAGUGGCAGGAGCUCUCAUUGUGCUCAAAAAUCGAUAGUGGAUAUUGCCGAGCAGGCUCGCCCCUCUCCCUGAGGGCUGGAGCAUGACCUGGCGUGGACUCAUGGAGCAGAACGAGGAAAUGCGCUGCGUUUCUUCACCUUUCACUCCCUCCCACCCCGACUCUCCCUCUUUGCCCAGUAAAGGAGCCCCUUUUUGGAUGCCAUAUGCUGCUGUGGGGAAGCGAGGCCUGGAGCAGGCUGUGGAUUGAGGACUUUAGACUUGAGGCUCUUCCUGGGAAAAGUUUCACUAGUACCCCAAGAACUGAAGUUUGAAUAAUUUUCUCUUUGGAAAGGUAGAAAUGGGUAGAUGUAUUGUCAAAUAUAGAAUUGGUAAAUUUAACCGAAGAUUCCUGUUAAUUAUGGUGUAAAGAUUUGUAUUCUGGCCUGCUUCUCAGGUGAGAGAUGUUCUGUGUAAAUCUGAGGUACAGCUUGAAGUGCUAGGACAAGAGUUCUUUGCUGACUCAGUCACUGUCAUCAUGUGUUAAGUGUCGAUCUGUCGUGAAUCUGCCAAUUUGUAUUUUCAACAGCUGACAGAUGAUAUUCAAGACUUAACAUACACUGGAUUGUACUGGGCGAGCCUGACAGUGUUAAAGAGUGUGGUGCAGGACGCGACACACCUCACUCUUCCUGUGCGCCCGAUGUCAGGAGAGCGCCAAAGCAUUUCCUGGGACGGUUAUUUGAGGCAGUAUUCAAAGAAAUGAGGCAUUUUGGAAAAUCCAAAGGAAGCCUAUAUUAGAAGCCAGAGCUGGUACCUGCCUUAGAUACUGUUCAUCUUUGUUGGUUAUAUUCUCUGGAUUCUUGUAAUAAUUGUUAUUCCAUUUUGGCCUAUGUUGUUAGAAAUAAGACUAUACCUUGCAUACUUAGAAUAAGUUUCUGUCCAUCUUUGCACUGAAAUAUUAGCGUGUACAUGCUCUGGAGUGCUAUAAACAUUGCUUAGAGAGAAGGAAGAUGGAAGUAUAUUUAUGUUGGUCUGUAAGCAUGCAUGGAAACCUGUGGCACCAAGACUUGGCCUUGUUCCCAGAGCAUCCUCUAUCCACCCUCUACCUGUCAUGCUUCAGGAGUUCCACCUGACCUGCUGUGAGGUCAGGAGCGAUUUGGGAGUGCUGGCUUUAGGAUUAAGCCAAUUCUUAUGCAACUGACUCAGUCCUUAAUGGCCAUUUCUUCUUAAGAAAAUCAUUAUGUGUGUGUUGGGGGAGGGUGUGGGUGUCGGGAUGGGGGGUGAAUUUGAAGUUUAAAGUUGAAAUUAGAAAUAUGAGGAUGCAGUCUGCUUGCUCUCAGUUUAGUCAGGCUUUAAGACCAAUUGGAUUUCUGUGGAGGCCAGGCCAGAGAGUGCGCGACCAGUGGCGACUGUGCAGACAGCAUUUAUCCAGGUUGUGAUACCCAAAUUGGUUUGUUAAAGCUCCAGGUCACAUUCUUACACUAAGAAAAAUUCAGUAAACCAUGAGAAGUUUAGGAAAAAUUAAUAAAAGAAAUCUGUCAAACUCA